UCACACCAGAGGAUGUGUGUGUGAAGCUGGAGGAUCAUGAAGAAAGAAUUUCAGUUUUUAAAGAGGAAGAGGAGUGCAAGGAGGUGACUGCUGCCAGUAAAGCUGGGGUUUGGAAUGACUUUUCCAUUGGUCUUGAACUUCAAAAGUAUGAAACUGAGGAUAUUUUCAAACAAGAUGCCUGUGAAGAAUCUCCAUUCAGUUUACAGCCCUGGUCCACCAAUACGGGACGACUGGCUACACAGGAGAAUUCUGCAGAGCUGAAAUCAGAGUUAUCAGAGUCUGAAGAGAAAAUCACCGAGGGAAAUGAGAGAGAAGGAGAAGAGUCAUCUGGGAGUGUUGGAAUGAAUUUACAGAAGAAUGGCAGCUUCUCUCCACCUUCAUUUUGUGAGCCCUCUCUUCAGUACAAAGAGAAAGGUAUGAAGAAAUCAGCAAGAAGAUCAGAGAACCUAACAGCAGCCUUUUUACUGUGCAGUUCUCUGCCUGCUUCUGGAUUAACACAGACAGAAACCAUCAGAACUGAUCAACAGCAAGAGGAGAAAAAAAUCCAAAUUCAUAUUGGAGAAAAAUGUUGUUUGGAAUGUGGCAAACAAUUCACACACAAAAGUUACCUUAAUAAACAUAUGAAGAUUCACACAGGAGAAAAACCUCAUUGCUGUCCAGAAUGUGGUAAGUCUUUCUUAAGGAGAAGCGGUCUUCAGAGGCACAGAAUAAUCCACACAGGAGAAAAACCUCAUUGCUGUCCAGAAUGUGGAAAAUCAUUCUCAUGGAGAAGUGAACUUCAGUGGCACAAAACAAUUCACACAGGAGAAAAACCUCAUUGCUGUUCAGAAUGUGGUAAGUCGUUCUUAAGGAGAAGCCACCUUCAGAACCACAGAAGAAUCCACACAGGAGAAAAACCUCAUUGUUGUCCAGAAUGUGGUACAUUGUUUUCAAGAAGAAGCAAUCUUCAGAACCACAGAAGGAUACACACUGGAGAAAAACCUCAUUGCUGUCUAGAAUGUGGUAUGUUGUUCUCAAUGAGAAGCAGUCUUCAGAGGCACAAAGUAAUCCACACAGGAGAAAAACCUCAUUGUUGUCCAGAAUGUGGUACGUUGUUUUCAAGCAGAAGCAAUCUUCAGAGCCACAGAAGGUUACACACUGGAGAAAAACCUCAUUGCUGUUCAGAAUGUGGUAAGUCGUUCUCAAGGAGAACCAGUCUUCAGAGGCACAGAAGAUUCCACACAGGAGAAAAACCUCUUUAUUGUGCAGAAUGAGCCAAACAAUUUUCUGACAAAUGCAGUUUUCAAAGGCACACAGAAAUUGAUACUGGAGAGAAGCCAUAUUGCUAUUCUCAAUGUGGAAAAAGUUUUAAACAUUAGCUCUUUUCAAGUAAACACACAAACUCCCACUAAAGCGAAAAUGCAGUGUGUGUUCUGAAUGUGACAAAUGCUAUACAAGUCAGAACGGUCUUUAUCCACAUGCCAAAAUCCAUACUGAAGAAAAAUCUUAUUGCUAUUCUGAAUGUGAGAAACGAUUCUUAUAUUUAAGCACACUUCAGUCUCACAUCAGAACAAAUACUGUAGAUAAACCUUAUUAUUUUCCUGAAUAUGAUAAGCAGUUCUCACAACAAAGCACCAUAAAAAGUCACAUCAGACUUCACACCGGAGAGAAACCUCACCUUUGCUUGGAUUGUGACAAACAAUUCUCACACCUCAAUUCUCUGUAUAAGCAUAAGUCAUACUGGAGAGAAGCCUUACAGUUGUACUGAAUGUGGAAUGCGAUUCUCAUAUAACAAUUCUCUUCACAAUCAUAUAAUAAGUCAUCCUGGUAAGAAACAAAGCUGUUCUGACUGUGGCAAGCUUUUCUCAGACACCACAAAUCCUAAACAUCACAUUAGAAUUCACUCUGGAGAGAAACCUUAUUGCUGGCUAGAGUGUGGCAAACAAUUCUCACUUCAAAUCACACUUGGGUGCCACAGAAGGAUCCACACUGCAGAGAAGCAGUACACCUGUGCUAAAUUUGGUAAAGGGUACUCUUCCAGAAAAAGUUUUUGGAGACACACUCAGUCAUACAGUAUUGGAGUAAAGCCUGUCCCAGAUGUGACAAAUGAUCUUUCCAUUGGAUCCUCAGGCAAAAAAACUGAUGGAAAAUCUUCUGAAUGAGUUAAAGGACUCCAGUUUGAAGUAGUUAAUAAGUAUAUUAGAAUAGUGGAGAAAACACAGAAAAUGGCAAACAUAUCCUAGUUGAAAGGUCACCUCAGAGCCACAUAUGAAAUAACACUGGAAUGAACACACAGUUCACAAACAGCAAGAAUCUUCUUCAACAACUUAAAAGUGCAAGAAAAACCUCAUUUUUGUCUUAAAUGUGAUUAACGCUUUUCAGCCAGCAGUGGCCUUCAUCAUCAUAAAUGACUGGCGUACUUGUGGUAAGCCUCUUAGCUGAUGUGAAUGUUGAAAGUGGUCCUCUUGUAUCAGCCAUCAACAGCAACACGUUAGAUUUCAUGAAGGAUUUAGAAACUGUACUGGCCAGGAUGUCAACCAUACAGGAACUGAUCAUCUCUGCACCAGUGCUGUGACAUAAGAUGGUGAACAAUACAAACACCAGACAACAGAAUGAGGUAGCAACAGUACUGUGUGGUGAUAACAACUUCAACUACAGAACACAACUGAAAAAGUUCAAUGUAAUAAUGAAAAAUAGGAGAAGUCAAAUCAAAUCCACAGUGCAGUGCCAACUACCAGGAGGUGCCACUGACAACAAAGAGAAUAUUUUUGUUUCGGAACUUUGGAGAUGGGGCCUUAUCUGAGUGGCAAUGAACUUGUACAAUCUCUGGGAUGUCAUCUGAUGGCUGAUGCCUGUGCAGACAGCCGUUGCUAAACCUAAUAAUGAAGAAGUCAUUUAGUGACGUCAGUUGACAGCCAAUGCUGUCCAAUCAGAUACUGGGGAGGGACAGUCGAGGAGGACAGGAGACUAAAAAGAGAGCAGUGACAUGACAGACCAAUGUAGAGGGGCUUUAUAAGACUUUUACACUAAUUUAGGUUAUUUUUAAACAAUAAGAGUCUUUACAAACCAAACACAUUCAUCAGCUGUGUGUCAAGGGUGAGUCCAAAAGUGGGAAUUUAAGAAAAUCGAAAUACAAAUAAAAUGAAACCUUUAGGGUUCAAAGAGAAAUGUUUAAGACCUGAAGAGGGAGUCACAUCAUGCUAGAGUUAGCAAGGGGGACCACAGUUUUGAAGAAUAUCAAUUAAAUUGUAGAAGGAAUAUUAUUUAAAAUAAUACUUUUAUGAGAUAUUGGAUGCCUUAGUGAAUGCAGAACACAAUGAAAAUGAAAUGAACUGACUUUACUGUCUGACAUAUAAGAGAAAAAGAGAAGACAAAGCAGAAAUACACAGGGAUCUCUGCUGACCCAGCUGUCAAUUUGAUAAAUUUACCUAAAAAUAUAAUGGAUGUUCCUUUGCUCCAUGUCAGUAUAUCCUGGGGUGGUGUGUGAAGGACGCUGUAUACUCCGAAUGUUUUGGUUCAGGUUUCAGUUUGAGUUCAGCACUUUCUUCAUAUCGAUACCCAAGACAACGUUUCUUCACGUCGAGACUACAAGCUGAAGGCCACAGGACCUCCAAAAACUCCAACAUCAGUAUGGAUGAUUAGAAAGCUCUGCUUGAGAGAGUGUCAACUACACAAAGCUUCAGCUUCAUUUACUUGGCAAAACACUCCAAAAAGCAUAAGUGGCCCCUUCUGUACCCCCAGCACUGAAGGUUAAAUUUGACCCCUCACUACUUGGCGUUGGUUCACUCUGCUUGGACUUUCUGUAUUUUGUAAGUUUAUGUUUCAUUUUUUGGUCGCACUGUUUUUACAUUUCAUUUCAUUGAUGUUCUCAAAUGUGUGAGUAUAGCUUGACUCUAACAAGGACUUAUCUAUAAAGGGCACAUUGGCUAUGAAGUGCAAGAAAUCAGAAAAAUAUAAAAAGUGGAGCUCACAAAAUGAAGAGGUGACAUCGAUGAAUUACGCUCAGUGGCAGAGGUGACGUGGACAAAAUCAGAAAUGACAGCACGGAAAAGGCAGGAACUGACUGAAAACAAAAGAAGAAAGCUGAUUGGUGGAAAGAACUGUCAGUCAAUCCUGAGUGGACUGUUGAGGACAGCCGUGGCAUGCAGACUUCAGAGUUCAUGUAUUUUUGAUUUCAAAUCUGUGACCAUGUACUGAAUAAGUCUGUUAUAUAUUGGUUAGCAUGUUCUGAAACUGUAACGUCAUCACAAAGAUCAUACAAAUACGUAAUGUGGCAUUUGUUAUCCAUCACUUUUGUUGAUUUUUAUGGCACCAUUCAUCAGCCCUGUAUAGAGUGCCACUUCUAGAUUGGCAACCCCACUGCACCCCGUAGCACAGUUGAGAAGGACAGACUUGUAAGACGAGAACAAUGCCAGCUACCUUCCCUGGUCUUCAUUCAGAAGGCGCACCUGUUAGCCGACAUUUCAUCAGCUUGCUUUCUGUGUUUCAUCUGAUAACCAGCACAGUUAAUCAAAGAUGAGUCAGGCCUGUUACAAUGUGAACGUUCUUGACAUUUUGUUUUGUUUCUUUCUGCUUCUUUACCUUGAGUUAUUGGAGGCCUUGUACAUUAGAGAUUAUUAAUACAUGAGCAUUUGGUGUUAAUAAUGAAUUGACAAUUAAUAAACUGUUUUUAUUGCUAAA